AUGGACGAGUUCGAUCUGCUCAAUCAACCCGUGCAGCAAGGAGAAGAAACUACAAAUACUCAAAAUGACGGCCUCUUUGGAUCGGAAAAUACGGAUACGGAUCAACAAGAGGCUUUAUCUUGGCAGAUUGAAACUAAUGUAACUGACACGAUAUCGUCACAAUCCAAUGCAUUUAGUGAUGAUACCUUGAAUCAGUUGACGUCUACAUCACAAACAGCAUCGUUUAAUGAUGAAACAUUUACCAAUCAAGCGAAUACUAAUCAAUUAGAUUCGUUUUCGAACGUCGAUCCUUCAUCAAAAACAUACGAUUUUCUUUCCAAUGAUCGAACAGAACCGCAAUCAGGGACAAGUUCGUUGCAGGCUCAAUCGAGUUACUCGGGAGUAUCCUUUACGGAAACGCCAUCUCCAAUUGACGAAUUCAAUGCUCGUCGUCAACAACAGCUCGCUGAGAAAGACGCCGCAGAAAAACGAAAGAUUGACGAAUUGCGAAAUCAAGCGAAAACAGAUUUAGAUCGUUGGUAUCGAGAACGUCAAAUGCAUAUGGAGCAAAAACUGCAAUCGAUGAAAGACGAAGAAGAAGCGUUCCGAACGAAGGCACUGCAGAAAAGCGACAAUAGUUCCUGCGAUUGGGCGAAGGUCGUUCGUUUACUUGAAUUUUCUCAAGGUGCACAAGUGACGAAAAAUAAACGAGAUGUCAAUCGAAUGAAAAGUAUUAUUUUACAAGCAACACGUCACAAGGUUGCACGGGAAUCAAAUAGUAGUGCUUAG